GUUACAGGAGAGGCAUUUGAAAUUGUUUCUCAACUUGAAGAACUGGAUUUAUCAUGGAACAGUAACAUAGGUGGAAAACUAUCACUCUUGACAAAAAAAAUCCAGAAAGGAUGCAAGUUAAAACUUCUGAAGAUCACAGACUGUAACCUGACGGCAAAAGAUGGAGAAUCCCGUGCUGAAAUUCUAAAUGUGAUCCCAAACCUUGAAGUAUUAGAUCUCUCUAUCAACAAACUCAUUGGCUGCAGCAUGAAGGUUAUUGCUCAGGCUCUGAAAAAUGUGCCAGGCUUGAAAGAGUUAAACUUGCACAUGUGUGGAUUCAAGCAAGACUCUGCUUUACAGCACCUUGCAGACCUAAGGAAAUUAGACUUAUCAUGUAACAAAGAGAUUGGUGGUGGCUUUAAAGACUCAACAGCUCAUUUGGCCAGCUUGAAAAAUCUUGAAGUCCUUGAUUUCCACCAGUGCUGUGUAACAGAAUAGGACAUGACCAUUUUGCCCCAGGUGAUACCUUUACUCUCCAGCCUUCAAGAGCUGAAUUUAUCCUCGAAUAAAAAUGUGGACGUCUCAUCUGGACCUCUUCUGAGCAGGCUAAGGUUGUUACUGAAGUUGAAAUCUGUGGCCAUCAGCAAUUGUGGUUUAGGUGAAGAGUCGUUUUCAUCACUAGAUAGGAAUGCUGAGGCUGCCCUUCACCUUCCUGAACUGGAGAUAUUAGACCUUUCCUGGAAUAAGUGCAUUGGUGGGAACUUAAAGCUGCUUUUGGGAGCACUAAAGCUUGCAAUGGAGAUUCAAGUGUUAAGACUGAGCAGCUGUAACUUGGUGGAUGAAGAUUUGGCCCUUCUAACAUUGCUGACGCAGGAUGGUCACCUAGCCAGAUUACAGAAGCUGGAUUUGAGUUAUAAUAACAAUGUAUCUGAGGAGGGAUGGGUCAUGUUCUGUCAAGGCUUAACAGUAUUCAAAGAACUCUCAGAGCUGGACGUCAGUCUUCGCCCAUCGUCCUGCCGUGACUGUGGGAUGUGGUUCAGUGAGUUGUCAGCAGCAUUGACAAAGCAACCUGCCUUGGCAGAACUGGGGAUGCAAAGAUGGGUCCUUUCAGAAUUACAACGGGAACAACUGGAAAGCUUUAACCAAGACAACAAAAGAAACAUUCGUUUUGACUGUUGAUGGAGGUUGAAGGUUUCUGGAAGGCCUUUCACAAGCAGCACAUGAACCAAGUAUUAUGUGUCUCUGACUUAGAAGACAGUCCAGGUUUUAGCUAUCUCGUCUCAUAAGAACUCCUGAAAUAGUUCCACAAUUAUAAAAAACUUAUUUAACCUUCUGCAUGCGCAGAUUA